AUGUCUCUACAUUUUGUUUAUUUUAUAUCCGCUGCAAGGCGCAAUUUCCUUCGGCGCACAAAAGCGACCGCGCCACCAGACACAACGGAGACGGAAUCCUCCACAGAUAAACUAGAAACCACCACAAACAAGUUCACUAGACGCGGGAACUCCAAAUUCAAAUCGCGAAAAGAAGCCGAACUUGAGAAAAAAGGUGCGACUGCGAAAAAUGAGGUUGAAAAUGCUUCGCGACGGCCAUCUUUGAACGGCGGCGCGCGGCGUAGUGAGCGACCGACGCGCAAGUUUGUUCGAGCACGGCCUGGGGGGGCAAAUGUGACAACAUCAACAGCCGCUCCAUCAUCCGCAUCAGCUUCAUCAGCUCUAGCAUCCUCCCUCGCCACGCGGCGUCCGUUCCGCGUCGCCAGUCGCCGUCGCGUCGGAUCUACCACCAGCUCCACAACCACUAGUACCACUACUGAAGAGCCUACUACUAUUACUGCAGCACCACAGGCUGUCACUAAUGCGUAUGAAGAUGAAGAGUCGCUACAGGAUAUUCAGGAUAUUGGAGAUACAGAUGCGAUUGAAGACCCAACUCUUGAACCUAAAGCUCCAAAACGGACCAACAAAGUCCAGAGGCGGCCCCUAGUCAACCUUAAAGAAGACGUGAAGGACCAGAACCCUUCAGCCACCAACGAGGAAGAGAACAAGAGACAAAGUAAGAAAUACAGCGCGACUAUUAAGCAGAUACAGUUGAAUGAUCUGCUGAAGCUGAAGAGUCAGGAGGAGACCACGACAGAGGCGAAGACUACGGUUGAAGAAAUCAGCCCAGAAACGGCUUUAGCAAUAGCCGCACACCAACUAAUCACAGCACCAAUACCGAGCAUACCCGACUUCGAGGAAGACGUCAAACCCACAAGAAAGACCCAAACCACCGUAGAAUACAAAUACACGAGCCGAGAGUACAACGAAUAUACCGACAUCAGUCGGACACCUACCUAUGACGACUACCAGAGCACACCCAUCUACAAGAACACCGCGGGAAGCUUCGACCAGACAACAGUCUACAGAAACCCUACCGACUUCGAUUCCACUAAAGUAGUGACCGACUUCGAAGCCCCGAAGUCACCCACAACUUCAACAGCGAUAUACAAGACUGAUUACGCUCAAACAACAUCAGACGAGCCCUACAAUACAGCGUUUGACGCUCCGAAGAUUUCUACCACUACUUAUAAUGUACCGAAAUCGACUACCUACCCUAAUACUGUAAACACAGCGAAUACAGCUAACCUGGACUUCAUUCGUACGAAUCCCAACGAUUAUACUUUCACAUCAGAAUUUGAUAAUACUAAAGUAACCCCAUCAAGUUUCAGUCCAAGAUCACCUACAACUAACUUCGCUAACACAGCCACGAACCAAGAGUUCAUUAGAACAACUUUAGGAGAUGCUUACGAUACACGAAGCGACUUUGAUUCUAAGAUCUCGACUUAUCUACCAAAGGCUACUGCGACCAACUUCCCAACUAACACGGUACCACAAGAAUACAUCCGAACAACUGGUAACACGUUCCCAGAAACGUCAACAGAAUUCGUGUCCAAGACAUCACCAACUUACGUGCCAAAAUUCCCGACAUCAGACUACCAGAACACGAUAAACCAAGAGUAUGUUCGGACAACACUGAACUCUUAUGAAACACCGACAGAAUUGACUGGUCCUAAGAUCUCAACAACUUUAGCUCCAGCUACGCCAACCAGAUAUUUCGAAAGGACGACUUUCGCUGAUACUCCAACUGAGAAUUCUCCAAGAAUCUCAAGUACAUUCGUACCUAAGUCGACAGCUACGACCCAGUUUUCAAGGAACCGGUCUAGGUACAGUCUUGCUUCAACGAGUAUUGCUCCUACAGGGUUCACUUCAAGGUCUUCAACUCCAAGGUACAGGACUGAGAAGCUGAUCCCUGUGCCGGUGGAGAACACUGGGUACUCUACUGUUGGGUACUCUGGAUCCAGUUCAGAGCCUUCAUACUUCACCAGGGAAUACCUCCUGGAAUCGCCGGUCACUAAGACUUAUGAUGAAGAAUACCAGUACCUAUCACCGAUCACGACUCCCGUAACACCGACCCCCCCAACAGUUACACCCCGCAAAGUGAUCAGAAAGAAGAUCCAACGCAAGAUUUCCACCACCCUCCGACCCACAGAACCUCCCUCUUCCACCACGGUCAUACCGAGGCGUUCCAAGAAACCCUUCGAGAAGAUUCCCAAGGCGCCCAAGAAGACGUACCGGCCGAUAGCCAACUAUGACUACUAUGAUGAUAGUGAUGAGAAAGUAGCUGUGAAGUACGUGGAGGGAACUAAGAUCGUGAUGCAUGAUGAUGGCCACAUCGAGUGCCUAGACAUCGGCAACUUCCCCCAUCCGAAAUCCUGCAAGAAGUUCAUCUCCUGCGCUCGCAUAGACAACGGCUCACUCCUCGGAUGGGAGUACAUCUGUCCUAAGGGUCUUAGCUUCGAUCCUGUCGGAGGCAUUUGUAACUGGUCGGCAGGACUUGGAUGCGAUGAGAAAGACAUUUGAAAAUAUAUAUUGGAAUAAAAAAAAUUGGGGUUGUAAUUCAAAAUAGUAGGAAAAAUUGUUUGGGAAUUAUGUAAAAUUAUUGUUGGAAAAAUAUCUUGAAGAUUUAACAAAAAGUUGUAAAUAUUAAUUAUCGCGAUUUAUAACAUCUUAAUGUACGGUAUUUAAAUUAAUUUCUCAGUUAUACUUAUUAUUUCAGUCUUUAAAAUUAUUAUUAUUGUAUGUUUAUUUUAAUAUUUAUAAUUCUUAUAUUAUCAAAAUUUUGUAAAAAAUCUUGUGAUAUUACCUAUCCUGUAUCGUUGACUGAACAAACGUAAAUUAAAAUUUAUGAAUAAAUAAAAUAUAUUAGUGAAAAAGGAGUGAAUACAAGCGAAGGCACGAUCCAAGUGGUCUGACAAUAUUUUGUCAUUAUUCAUGACAAAGUUUUGUCUCUGGUACGACAAUGUCAUUGGUCAUUGCAAUAUUUUGUCAUUGACUAACAAAAUUUUGUCAUGAUGAAAUAUGACUUUAAAUUAGGAUAAUUUUCAGUCUUUUUGCAGUGCUCCUUGUAAUUAUAAUUCUAAGUCAAAUCGUGGUACUUUUGUAUCGAAUUCGUACGAACACUGCCAAUAAUAUACUCGUAGGUUAAGUUCGUAUAGAAGUGUGUAAGGCAGAGAGAGACCCCGACAACUGUCGAGGUUUUACAUACAUUUCAGAAUGUGCCUUAAUUAUUUUACAAUUUAGAUAUAAGAUUAUUGAGACAAUAAAAAAUAUUGUAACAA